UUUGUUACCUAGUCAGCAGGGCAGAGAGGAUUCCACAGAUAAACCCAGCCUUACUGCUUCUCCCCGGCUCAACUGGUUAUUUCUCAGCGGCAGCUCUUACUCAUCUGAAUCUAGGUGGAGCUCCCUUCCUCCCUCCCUGCUGUGCCCUCUCCUGAUUAAAAAGCUUUUCUCAAGCAUCUGCACACGCGCUUGUAGGUACCGGUGCUCACUUUGCAGAAGCACCCAUUGCUUCACGUCGCUGAGUCGGUGGCAGUGACGGCCAUCGUUGUCCCACCAGCCUCCCCCUGCCCUGGAAGAUGGUGAAGUACGGCCUCGACUACACGCGGUGCAGAUGGAUCCUACCCCUGCUCCUGGGCAUAGGCGUCAUCUUUGGUAUCAUUGCGCUGGCGGGCAGGGGCUGGCUGGAGUCGCAGACCUUGCCCUACGUGCACCAAGCGUCGUUAUGGGAGAGCUGCAGGAGGCCUGAGCAGGGUGGGGAAUGGACCUGCGAGUCCCUCAUGGGUUACGCUUGGGGAAGAGCUGCUGCUGCCACAUACCUGGUCGGCUUUAUACUUCUAGUCAUCUGUUUUGCUCUGGCCAUCAUAGCAUUUGCCAUUGACACACUUCGAUUCAACUUCAUACGUGGGAUUGGAGGCUUGCUUUUUGUCGCUGCUGUGUUCUCCGUCAUGGGCCUGGUCAUUUAUCCAGUGAAGUUCUCAACUGAAAUUGAAAUGACAGGUAUCAAUAUGUUCAGCUGGGCCUACGGCUUUGGCUGGACCACCGCCAUUAUGGAAAUAUGCUUGGGAUUCUUCUUCUGCUGCCUUCCUAACUAUGAAGAUCAGAUCUUGGGUAAUGUGAAGCCCACAUAUUUUUACUCUUCCCCAUAAACACCAGGAAAAAUAUGUUCAUAUUCCAGAGAUAUCUGACAGACCAGCUAUGUUUUCCAGAAUAUUGUCAUCAGAUGUUAGUAGAAAAGGCUGGAAACUCUUCAAAUGCGUGUAGAAAAAUGGUACUGGCAUUCUGCAAUAAAGUUAUCUACUCUAUUUUGGACCUUCAUAUCUGAUGUGGGUUGGUUAGAUAAAGUCUAAACAUUAAAAAACCUCGUGUUUCCUCAUUCAUUCCCAUGACUGGGGUGUAUGUGGAUUCCAUUGCAUCUUAAAUGCAUUCAUAUUUCUAAUUAAAUUCAGAAAAGCUUUUCAAACGGCCAAUAAACAAAACAACAUAUAUCAUCUUCCUGAAGGAAAGCAGCUCACAAAAAUCCCAUUUCAUAGGUAUCAUCUUUAACCUGAAGAUUUUGCACAUUUUUCAAGAAGGCAAAUACCUUUAUCCACUGACUGCCAAAGUAGUAAAUUAGUCAGCCAGCACUUCAUAGGUUUGCUUUCAUUUUUCAUUCAUUCACUUAAGCCAUAGGGACAGGGUAAGAAAAGGACAAGAGGAAGCCCCCUACCAAAGCCAGCAUCUUGACUUUUACCCAUCCAUGUGGAAUGUAAGUAUUUAUUUCUAAAUUUUUGUAAGAGUAAGCAAGAACCAUCGGUAAACCCUUAAAAAUCCUGGCAUGCCACUACUAGGGCCACAGAGUGACCAGAGGCGAUUUCAAACCACCCCUGCAACCUACAGACCUGGUUUGAAGAGGCUCCUCCUGUGGCUUUCUUCAUGGGCAUCUGCCUCUUUUAUCCACUAUAUCAAAACCUAUGGCAGUAAAAAGCUCUGUUAUAGUGGUCCAGCUCUUUUAUCCAGCAUAGAAGGGUCAGGAAGGACUUAAGCAGAGGUAUGAUUCCCCCACACAUCAGAAGUUGAGCUGGAGCAGUGUGAGUGUAGGUAUCAAACAUUUGUUAAAAGGCCCCUUUUUCAUUGGUUUGCUGUUUGUAAGUAUUUUAAAAGUGGGAAGCGUAUAUUGUCGUACAUAACUGUAAAAUGCAUAAAUACCCCUUACCAUCUCAUAGUAAGGCUCUCAUGGAGAAAAUCACAUCAUAAACCACCUUUCAGUAUCUUAUACUCCACAGUGCUGCAAGCCUCGAUAUAUUGAAGUGUACUCAAGAUUCUGUUGGUUUCUGCCCUGUUAAUCCUAACUUUAUAAUGUUCCAUUUCUUCUCUUAAGUGAAAAAAUGGAUAAUUUUGCUAUGUGGAAAAAGAAGUCUGAUCAAAAUCCUUAGCUACAGAGGAUUAUUAGCUUGUUACAUAUCUGCAAUUUUGUAACUAUGCAUACUUUAUUAAAAGUGCCCUGCCAAGUAUUCUUUACUGCAAAGAGUGAGAGGAAGAAAUUUUUUUUAGUAAAAAACUUCUGGGUAGCUAAAAUUAAUCAAGGUACAGGACUUAACUUGUUUUGAAGCAGCUAAUUCCACUCACUUUUAUGGAGUGUCUUCUAACUUUGAUCAGUAAACAUGAGAAAUGAGAAAUCAGAUCAAUGGGGAGAGUAUAUGCAACAGGGAAUAGUUAGACAAGAACUUGCAAAUACAUUAAGAAGAUGUUUCCUACUUGGAAGGAAAUUAAAAUGAAAUAGAUUUGAGAAAGCAGUUUGUAUAAAAUGGCUUGCAAUUCUUUGUGUAAUAUUAUCUGUUCAGGAAAAGAAUUAUCAUAAAUCUUUUCAUUAUGCUUAUUAUACCUAAUAAAUGAUGGUAUCUAUGUAUUGUUUCAAAAA